GCAAUGAAACGCAACUCACCCGUUCCUCAUCCCUCCCCGUCUAACGGUCCCAGUGAUAGCCCCGCGAAGGGAGAAAUCAGUUUAUGCUUCACCAAUACGCCACCGGUCCUCGGCUUCACCAACACAGCACCCGACAUCAGCGUGUAUAAACAACGCCAACCCGCGGCUGGUGGUGAUACUUCGUGAGAAGGUCACUUCGGCUGUAUGACAUCAUGCUCCCACCACCCCUAACAGAAAAAAGCGCCACCACUGAAACAAACAUACCGAGCAGCUUCAGGGCGCGAUCAACGCACCGAGCCGGUUCAGUUACGAGCGAACAUCAUAAUAGAGAGCAGUGUAGUGGUAGUAGCCAGCCAGCUAGCCAUUGCCCAGGGUUUCGUGAGAGUUUCGUGCGUGCUUUUGUGGUUUCGUGUGAGAGAGGGGAAGAGGGAGGAAGUAGGGAGACUGCUCCCGUCAAACCAGAGGCCAGCGGCAUCAUGAAAGUGCACUGUGACAUCCGCUUUACCAACAGCACGCAGGGAGCGUACCUUAGCGGGCAGCAACUGACGGGCCACGUCCAGAUCAAGCUGACCGAGGCGAAGAAGUUCAAUGAAAUCACACUGCGAAUAGUCGGCUACAGCAAUGUGCAGUGGUCAGAGAAGCGGGGCCAGGGCAGGCAACGCCGUACGGUCUACUACACCGCCAAACGGGACCACCUGUCGUCGAUGAAGGUGCUCGUUGGUGCGCAACAGAAUGGCUCGCCCACAGAACUGCCGGCCGGGGAGCACAUCUACGAGUUUGCGUGCGAGCUGCCGCCCCAUCUGCCCACCUCGUUCGAGGGCACGUACGGGCACUGCCGCUACACGGCCCAGGUCGUGUUGGACCGGCCGUGGAAGUUUAACCUAACGCACAAGGUCGGCUUUACCGUGGUGCAGCCGCGCGAUCUGAACCUGCAGGCGCCCUCGAUCCGGCUGCCCAGCCGGAUGGAAGAUGCGCGCGUGUUCUGCUGUGGCUUCUGGCGUACGAAACCGCUGUUCGUGAAGGUGACCGUACCGUUCACGGGGUACGUGCCCGGGCAGGCCAUACCGCUCACGAUCGAUCUGCACAACCAGUCGUCGCGCAUCAUCGAGGGCGUUAACAUGAAGCUGCUGCAGGAGAUAACGUACCACGCGGAGUACCCGUCGAGCAAGACGCGCCGCGAGACGCACACGAUCGUGAAGCACAUCGGGGACGGGGUGGCGCCCGAGGCACAGAAGCAGUACGAGCAGCGGCUGGUGGUGCCCACGGUCAUACCGACCUGCGGCGAUCAGAAUCUCAUCUCGGUGGCGUACCGGUUGCAUAUGACGGUGCGGGUGCAGGGCUGCGGUUCGGAUCCGGUGCUGGAGAUACCGCUCAUUAUCGGUACGAUUCCGCUGAUGUUCCAGCAGCCGGUAACGGUUGCAGUACCGCAGGCGACGGCUGUGAGUGUGAGUAGUGGGCAGGAGGCUGGCUUCAGCUUCGGCAACUCACCCGGCAACUCACUACCUUCCGCCAGUGGUUUGGUGCGUGAGCAGACACUUCCACCGGAGUAUUUGCCUCCCCCAACGUACGAGGAAGCGAUGAAUGCAGCGGCCGUGGUAAUCACCGACGAUACGGACACCAACGCCAUAGGCACCAAACCGUACGUACCGCUGUACCCAUCGUACAACUUCAACGACAUCCAGUGGCCACCGCUGCCACCGAUGCCAGUACAGCCACCGUUACCGCCAAAGCAGUGAUCCCACUUGAUCGAUACAUCGUCGGGGCCAAUCGUAUUACAAAGCUUUACCAUAACACGUGGCAAACUCUAAUGACAAUUUCGGUCGAUGAAACUUUUCCAAUAAUUCCAAACGCUGCUCGGAGGAUCAUCUGCGAUCUUAAAACCUCAUUAUCUACAACAGUGAACCCAGAACGAGAUGCUUCCAUCUCAGUAGGCGUGACGCAUUUUUUUGGAGCAUUUUGUUUAGUUAUACUCUCCCAACAUACCGUAGAGAUGUAUAUUUUGAAUCUCACUUUACAAUGUUUACAUGUUUACAUAGUUUUAAAAGCGCUGCACGGGGCUGCAGGCGUACCAGGGAAUCGGUGGGAAUGAAAAGUGUACUUAAAAGAAGAAGAAAAAAACCGCUACGUGGCUUAAUACUGUUUGAAUUUGAUCGUACUUUGUCCAGGAUCCGAAAUCCGGCGGCGCUUAACGGCUGGGUUAGUACUGGGGUUCGUGCUGUGGGUUAGC